UAUGUGAACACUUAUGGUUUUCGAUUUACGAGAGAUGAACUAAUACAGUUAAUUCAAUUGGUUUACCUUAUUUUCGUUCGAAAAAAUCAGUGGGCAGAAAUAAUCACCUACUCGGCAAAAGCUCUAGAAGACCUAGUGAACAAAUCUUACAUUGGGUUCAAGGAGCUGACCUUAGAUUGGGAACCGGUGUAUCAACUAUAUUAUGGUGCGAACUACGGUAAACUGGAGGAAGUUGAUGGAAAAAACCUGCGCAAUGCUGUAUUUCGAUUGAAGCGUUUCUACCAACCGAGCGACUCGCCAAAAAUAUGGGACAAGAUUCAAGUUCAUCUCUCACCUGUUUAUUCGACAAAAGAAUUUUGCGAUCUCGCACUGCUCUUUCUACCAAUCAGAAUGAGUACCGAAGAACACAAGCAGUAUGGCGCUGCUCUAUGGUUCGAGACUAUGUGGAAAAUGUACGAGGUUGUAGAAAUGGGGGAUAAAUGGGGAAACGAAUUACCCAACCUUUUUGCUACACUCGCCUACAACAACCCUGAUUUCAUGGAUUGGUCGCCAAUUUACGACACAAUUUUCACGAGGUCGCUUCGAGCCAUGGGUCUGAGCAUUCGUGAAGGCAAGACUCCUGUAGGAGACGCCACUGCUGCUGAAAGUCUUGGUGGACUAGCAAGAGUAGUGGUCGCAACUCUUGGAGGCCCCCGA